CACGGCAUAUCUACAUGCAAAUAAAUGCGAAACGGCUGAUUAGUACCGUUUGUUCCAUUCCUCGCGUUGUGUUGGUCUCGUUGCAUUGUCGGCUGAUCGGUAACGGCUGAAGUUGACAUUUUCUAGUGGAUAAUGUUAUCGAGUUUCUUUGGUUAUUUUUGAUGACGAUCCCGCAUCGACAAUCUUCAAAUUUCUCGUGUACAUUUCAAAGACUUAUUCAAUAUCAUGGCGUUCGAGACGAAAUACAAAUUGAAGAGCCCUGGUGUGAAGCGAUUGAUGAGAGAGGCAAUGGAAUUGGCUGAACCAACAGAGGAAUAUUUUGCAAACCCUUUAGAUGACAACUUAUUUGAGUGGCAUUUCACAGUAAGAGGGCCUCCUAGCACUGAAUUUGAGGGUGGUUAUUACCACGGAAGGAUUCUUUUGCCUACACAGUAUCCCAUGCAACCACCAAAUAUUAUAUUGCUUACUCCAAAUGGAAGAUUUGAGGUGAACAAGAAGAUUUGUCUUUCAAUAUCAGGUCAUCAUCCAGAAAGCUGGCAACCAUCAUGGUCAAUUAGAACUGCUUUACUAGCACUUAUUGCAUUUAUGCCUUCUCCUGCAGCUGGUACAAUUGGAUCAUUGGAGUACACACCAGAAGAGAGGAAGGUUUUAGCCAAGAAGUCAUUGAAAUGGGAAUGUCCUGUUUGUGGAAAUGUGGCUGAGAAAUUAUUGGCAGCACCACCUACCUCAUCAUUGACACAGGAAGAAACAUCAAUGAUAAAACAAAUUGCAUUAAAAGCAGAAGAAGAAAGUAAUAGAAAAAACUUUGAAAAAAAGGAAACUAAUGAAGGAGAUAAUCCACCUGUAGAGGAAUCCGACUUAAGACAAAGAUUGAAUAUUCCAAGAACAGAGUCAAGCAAUAUUACACCAACUGAUAGUUUACUUGAGGCAUCAAUCCAGAGUGUUAAUAGAGAUCGAUUUUGGUCAACUGUGAUUUGGAUUAUUGUAUCCAUGAUAAUUCUCUUAGUAAUUCGUCGUGUAUUUUUUGUUUGAACCGGGUGCAACUACCUUUAUAAUUGUGAGGAGAUUUGCAAAAGAAAAAAAUUGUUUCCAGUGCUGAUAAUAUAAAAGAGUUGGAUUAUUUGUAUAUUAUGUUAUUCAAUAUAUUAGCGUUUAUUAAUUCCAAUGUUCGUUGAUGGUGUUACGUGUAUUUAAAGAAUAUGUAUUUCAUUUAUAUACCAGAAACGAUUCAAAACACUUUUUAACCAAAUCGUUGAAAGAUUAGAUAUGUUAUGAGUCACGUGUAAAUUGCUUUAAGCAGGUCGUUGGGUAUACUGAUAAACAAUGAAAUGAAAUGGAAUUGAAUGAAAUUCGCCAGAAUGCUUUAUAUUAUGAGAUAAUUAUGACAUUUUAUUAUGCAACAUUAAUUUAUUCUAUAAGUUAAAAAAAACUAUUUGAUAUGUAAUUAUAUUAAGUGUGAUUUAAGAAUUAAUUAAUUGUUACUAUAUAUAUUGAUUGUAUAUGGCUUUGUAAAUAUUUUACCAUUUGUAAAAGUUUAUAAAAAUGGGGGUUCAACAAUUAA